AUGGAAGCCAUAAAAUCUGCGACUGGGUUUGCACCCAUCACUUCGACAGCAUCGAGGUUUCACGAAAUAUCAGCAUUAGCCUCACCUAUUAGAGAGAUCGAUGCAGUACACGCAGAAGACGACGAUGAUUUGCUUGCUGAAAUCGGAUACAAGCCGGAAUUGAUGAGACGAUUCUCCACUUUCCAAAUUUUCGGUAUUGCUUAUUCAAUUAUGGGCAUUUUGCCAUCAGUGGCAUCGUUACUAGGAGACGCGUUGACAUCAGGUCCCGCUGGUGCUGUUUGGUCGUGGGUGAUUGCAUCAUUCUUGAUCUUGACGGUGGGAAUUGGCAUGUCGGAGCUUGCAUCUGCUAUUCCUACAUCAGGAGGAUUAUACUACUGGACAUACUAUUAUGCACCAGAUUCUGUUGCCGUUCCGUUGUCUUUUGUUAUUGGCUUAUCCAAUACACUAGCCCUUUGUUCAGGUACGGUUUCUGUGUUUUAUGGAUGUGCACAAGAGGUCCUUGCGGCUGUGUACUUGACCAACAAUGAUUUUGUUAUUACAGAUGGUAAAACGUAUGGAGUGUUUGCAGGCUGCAUAUUUACAGGUGCAUUGGCAACUUGCGUCUCGUCAAAGAAUGUUGCGUUCCUACAAACAUUGUCGUCUGCAUGCCACACAGGAUUGCUAGUUUUGUUUCUCAUUGCAUUACCAAUUGGUACCAAGAUCAACAGAGGCGAGUUUAACAGCCGUGGAUUCAUCUUUGGCGAUGUUCAAAACUAUUCUGAUUGGACUACAGGAUGGCAAUUCUGUCUAUCUUUCAUGACAGCCGUUUGGACUAUUGGAGCCUUUGACUCAUGUGUCCAUAUGUCAGAAGAGGCGAAGAAUGCCACGCACGGUGUUCCAAUUGGCAUCUGUGGAGCAAUAUCUGUGUGUGGGUUAUUAGGAUUUGUUAUUUUGAUUUGUGUGUGUGCAUGCAUGAAUCCAGAUAUUGAAACUAUUUUAGCUACCGAUACAGGGUUCCCCAUGGCACAAGUCAUUUAUGAUUCACUAGGAAACAAGUGGGCAAUUGCAUUCAUGUCGUUAAUGGCGGUAUGCCAAUGGCUAAUGGGAGCAUCGUUAGUCACCGCAUCGUCGAGGCAAAUUUGGGCAUUUGCAAGAGACAAUGGAUUACCUUUUGCCGAAAUUUUUAAAGUCGUUAACAAAAGAAUGAAAGUCCCACUCAGGGCAGUUGGAUUAGCAGGUCUAAUAUCAUUAGCAAUUGGAUGUUUAUGUCUUGCCGGAAGUACCGCCGCCGGUGCAUUGUUUUCACUAGGUGUUUGUGGUAACUAUCUUGCAUGGUGUACACCUAUUUUCCUCAAAUUAGUUUUUGGAAAAGAUAAAUUCAAGCCCGGUGCUUUUUAUUUGGGUAAAAUUCUUUCCUCAAUAAAUGGUUGGAUUGCUUGCGCUUGGGGCGCUUUUAUUAUCAUUCUUGCUUGUUUCCCCUCUUCUAAGCACGUUGAUAAAACAACCAUGAACUAUGCAAGCGUGAUCACUGGCGGUUGUUGGAUUUUGUCAAUUGUUUUUUUCUUCACCUAUAAAUACAAAUAUUACCAUGGCCCUAGAAGUAACUUGGAGGAUCCUAUUCAAGACACUAGCUCUGAAUCUGAACUCAUUAAGCUUUCCGCAAAUGAGAAAGCUGACAUGGCCUAA